GGCAGGAAAAAUAGAACGGGGCGAAACAUCCCUUUUCCCCCUUGACAAACCAGGAGCUUGGAAGAAGAUCUUUGCAUAAAAAGUCACCAUGGGCCCAGGUUUCUCGCUCUUGGGGAUGGUGGCCGGGAUUCUGUCCAUUCUCUACUACGCAAAGCAGACGCAGAGAAUGACGGGCCUCAAAUUCGACACAGAGUUCUGGGCGGUUGCCGGUCCACUGAUUGCCAUCCGACCGCCAAAGGGACCUACCAAUGCGUUGGAGCUCCGAGCCAGCGUGAACGCAGGCCUCUCGGCUAUCCUCAAGGAUGCUUUGCCGGAAGGUAUAACAGAAAUUAAGCACGCUGUUAAGUCGUUCGACGGCGAAACGAUUACGCUCCACCAGUUCACCCCGAGCGGAAACGAAACUACGAGCAAGCAGCCGGCUUUCAUCUACGUUCAUGGAGGAGGGAUUGUGGGGGGAAAUAUUGACCCACACAGCCGACCACUCGCCGCGAAAUCCGCUCUCGAAUCCGGGGUCCAGAUGUUCGCUAUUGAAUACCGCCUCGCGCCAGAAUUCCCGUUUCCGACGCCUGCCGAGGAUUGUUACGCCGCGUUGAAAUGGCUGAGCGAGCAUGCAAACGACUUGAACAUCGACGCGUCUCGCAUAGGCUUUUACGCGUUGAGCGCUGGCGGCGGCAUAGCGGUAGGCGCAUCGAUGUUGGCGAGGGACCGGGGCUUGUCGCCGCCAUUGGCCAAACAGAUCCUCAUAUAUCCCAUGCUAGACGACAGAACUAGGGUUGAAACAAACAGUCCUCUAUCCAAAUUCCUUACCUGGACGGAUAAGUCAAAUCAGAUUGGUUGGAAUGCGUACCUCGAGGGCAAGGCUGGAGGAUCGGGCAUACCUCCGCAUGCGGCACCAGGGAGAGCAACUGACGUUGCAAAUCUCCCUUAUACAUACAUCGACGUUGGUGGAGUUGAUCUGUUCUGCGCUGAGGCGGUAGCAUUUGCAAAUAAGCUUGCAUCCGCUAAUGUGCAGAUGGAAUUGCAUGUUUACCCUGGACUCCCUCAUAUCUUCGAUCUUUACGCCCCUACGAUAGAACUCACGCGACUGGCGAGACAAAAUAGGCUCAGAGCAGUAAGAAGUCUUUGAAGAUACUUGAUUCCAACAUAACUAGACAUGACUAUUCUCUAUUUGAUACUCAGUCGUCUUCUCCCUCCCGAGACUCGCUCAAUUUUGUUGAACG